ACCUUUCCUGCCAACACGCCGCUUAGUUGUCCACAGCAACAAUUAAUACCGCCUACUGCGCCCACACAUAUUACGACACAAGGUCAAAAAUGUCAUCACCACUACCACAGGCACCACGUGCAAAGGGCGGCAAAGAGCCCAUUCUCUUCCGCUUCUGCUCGGAAUGCUCCAACUUGCUAUUCCCCCGUGAAGACAAGUCGGAGAACAAGUUGCUUUUCGCUUGCCGUACGUGCAGCUUCACCGAAGAGGCGCCCUCGUCCUGCGUUAUGCGCCACGAAAUCGCAUCUACAGUCGGAGCUACAGCUGGUGUCACAGCGGAGGUUGCCCAGGAUCCUACGUUACCGCGCAUUCAAAAGCAGUGCACAGAGUGCGGCGAGAAUGAGGCUGUCUUUUUCCAGUCGCAGCAGCGUACCGCCGAAACCGGCAUGGCAUUGUACUUUGUAUGCGCCGGUUGCGGCCACGUCUCGCGCCCAGAGAACAAGAGCGACAUCAAGGAUGAAUAGGAUAGGGCAUGCAUUCAGGCGGCGUUUGAUCUCACGGCAUCUAUUGCGAGGAGUUUCGGAAAAAAAGGUCUUCAGAUACCCGUAUAUCUGCAUAUACACAUACUGUUACAUGCUCAAGUGCUCCAUAGACUCCAAAAAAUACAUUUCUUUCCCA